AUGUCCCCACGCCCCCAUGUCCCCAAGCCCCCAUGUCCCCACGACCCCAUGUCCCCACGCCCCCAUGUCCCCAAGCCCCCAUGUCCCCACGACCCCAUGUCCCCACGCCCCCAUGUCCCCACGCCCCCAUGUCCCCACGCCCCCAUGUCCCCACGCUCCCAUGUGCCGUGUGUGGCAUUGGUGGAGAACAUGGUAUAUUUCGAGGCGGAGGGGAAGCGCUACUUCCCCUUUAGCAAGGGCUCUGCCAGCAAGGUGGGUGCCACAGUGUGGCAUCCCACACCUCUUCGAACUGCCCAUCCGCCCCGAGGUGCGCUGCGGUACCCCACGGUGCAUCAUGGUGUGGCAUGGUACCCCACGGUGCAUCAUGGUGUGGCAUGCUACCCCACGGUGCAUCAUGGUGUGGCAUGCCCCCAUGCCCCCCAUUCCCGUGCUCAACCCCAUCCGUUCCAUGCUCCCCCAAUGUUCUACUUCCAGCUGUCAGCAGCAGGGGACAGCGGGCAGCCGGAGGUGGUGGAGGAUCCGUUGGGCGAGGUGGCUCGCACAUUCACGGACGUGGGGGCGUGUGUGGUGCAGCAGUGCGCCAAGCUGCGCCAACAGGGUGAGUGCACGCCUUGGCUGCUGCUAAAAUACCAGAGCCGUUGUGGGGCAGGGUGA